UUCUAAUAAUAAUAAUCAAUGCAUUAUAAAUUAUCCUCAUGUAAAUUUUAAAUGAUGCCGCCUUUCACAAAGUCAAGACUAGAAGGUUUAAUUUUUUUUAUAAUCUUUCAGGACAUCCCAAAGUGAAGUUGUUUAUUACACAAGCGGGACUUCAAUCAACUUAUGAAGCAAUAAAUGGCGGUGUACCUCUUUUAGCAAUACCAAUGUUGGGAGAUCAGUGGUAUAACGCAGAAAAGUAUGUUAAGCAUGGAAUUGGUAAAAAGAUUAACAUAGAAUCUUUAACAGCGACUGAACUACAAAACACCAUCGAAAGUAUUAUAAGAGAUGAAAGGUAUCGAAAAAACAUAUUAAAGCUUCGUGAUCUUUUGCAAGACCAGCCGGAAUCUUCUCUUGAUAGAGCCAUUUGGUGGACGGAAUACGUCAUAAGACAUGGUGGAGCAAAACAUUUGCGGCCGCCCUCUGCAAAUAUAUCUUAUGCAGAAUAUUUUCAAAUCGAUGUAAUUUUUAUUCUUCUGUUAGUUGUAUUAAUUUGCUUUGGGAUAAUAAUAUUAUCUAUGUUCUGUAUACUUAAAAAGUUCAAACUGCGUAAAGAUAUAAGGAAAUUUAAAUGUCAAUAAAUCAAAAAAAAUAACAAAAAUCACAAAAAUAUUUAUUUUUAAUACAAUAAUCGAGUAGUUUCCGGGCUUUCAACCUAGCUGUCACUGUAUAUUGGAAGCCAGUGGACUCCCAUUAAUAUU